AGGGGCCAGCUUUAUUUUUGAUUUCUGUCUGAUUACUCACGCACACACAUUGAUUGGUGUACUCUUAAUUUACCGUUUCUCCUACGAUACAAUAGUUGGAAGUCUACGAACACGAUUGCAGCGGCGAAAAUCUACGACUUUAUCAUAAAAUUUAGCAAGCAGUAUGAUCUAUCGCAUCACGAGGAAGUGUUGGAGAAAAUACAAGCAUUCAAAGGAACUCUCGGUGAUUACGCUGACAACAGAAUUCAGCGAGAAUGGAAUGAUAUGCGAAACAAACUGGCCGACAUGUCGCUUCGAAAAUAUACUCCUUUGGGGUUACAAGGCAUGAUUUCGGUAGAGAAAGGCAAAAUCAGACGAUCCGUCGAAAGAAAAUUAGGUGUCGGCAAACAACGUCCACUUGACGACGAUACGUCUCAUAAGGAUUUGCAAGAAGGACAAAUGCUGUACAAAUUCAUCGAAAAGCAAAACUGGAAAUUUAUAGACGAUCUCAAAAAGCAGUUGGCCAAACAAGUCGUGUACAACCUGUGCGAAGAAACAUGGAAGGCGAAUGAAUCGGAGGAAAGAAAAGAAAUUGAACAUCUGCUGCAACAAGCAAAGGCAGAUCUAAGCAAGCAACGCACUGAUACACUACGAUCUGAGGUUCAUGACAUAUCGCACCAAGUUGAAAUGUUAAAAACAGUAAUCAUCGUCCAAGAGGAACUAAAGGAGGCCGGAAGAAGAACCAAAGCUCUUGAUGCCCGCUGUGUCAAUAUUGACACUGCAGAUACCCUCGAGCAACAAGUGCAAAGGCAAGGACGUGAAGUUAAAGGGCUACUACAGCGAGCGAAACGGUUACGACAUGAUCAACUGCUGGUAACCAAUGAACGCAAGAAGGCUCGGUUGAGUUCGUUGGAGAAAAGUAUUGGAGAGUUGGACCAAACUGUUAUCCAAGCUCGAACUACUGUACUUGCCGAAAUGUUCCCCAUGCGCACUAUGAAGGUGGUCGAUGAUAUAUGCCAAGUACUCGAUAAUCAUGGAGAGUUUAUCCGACGACUAGUGGAUCCUGUUGCGGCGGAUAGAGGAGAAGAGAUCGGCAAGAAGCAUUUGGAUAACAUCAACAGCACAGAAGACGGUAUUACAUUUCCAUUACAGUUCUCCAUGGAAAGGCUUACAAAGAACUUCGUUGAAAAUGCACUCAGCGAAGUCAGUGAGCGUCUGGAUGCGUUGGAGAACAAAAGUGGAUCGUAGCAUUAUCUGUAAAAAUAGUUUAUUUGAGUACAUACCAUACCUCAUUUGUAUAUAACAUCCUUUCAUAACGCUGUAUUCUUCUAGUCAAUUUGCAUAUACAAAACG